AUGUAUGAGUUUGGUGAUUUUCGUGUACUUAGAUGUAAAAAAUCAGCUAAUGUUCACAUGGAAGGUUAUUUUCAGACAGUGGUGACUUCCAGUAGCAGUAGCAGUGACUAUGAUUAUGAGUGUUCCUCCAGUUCUUCGGACGAGGAUUCCAAGGUUCCAGAGAUGAAGAUUUCUACAGCAGAAUCUCGCGCCAAGAUGGACCAUUCUGCGGAAAUGAAACGCGACGUACCCCUUAACAACCAUAGACGUCGGAUAUCAGCAACUGAGGAGAAGCUUCAAUCUCGUGCUAAGGAUGUAGCUUCAGACUCAGAUGCUUCGGAAGACGAACCUGAAUGGGUACCGCCGGAGCGCAAAAUCAAGCCAGACCGACGCACUAAAGAUAUUGAGAAGCUGGUUCAAGCCGACCUUGAAGCUGAGUGUGAAGAAGAAGAUUAUUGGGAGAUGAUGUACAGUGAUCCUGAUAUUCAUCCAGACUUCGUCAAUAGCCCUAACAAUGAUUCUGAUGAAGAACUCGAAGAGGAUUCCGCAAAACAUGAUGAUGAUGAAUCUGAUAAUUCUGACAAAUCUGAUGACUCUGACGAUUAA